AUGAAGGAAAACCAACAAUCACAGCCGUUUCCUGUAAUUCAAGCUUUUCCUCUAGUUCCAGCUGCAACAUACUUUGGGCCCUCUGGUACAACGGAAUUUCCUAUGAAUUCCUACUCUCCUGCACCUACCAGUCUGGUUCGUGUCGGUGCUAUGAAUCCUCCUGCAGAUACAUUGAUUGCUUCGCUACCAUACUUUGUAUCUAACAUCCAUACGACAGGAACCGUGUCACAAAAUGAGAUAGGUUCUUGUGUACAACAAAACGUCAACUCAACCGACGGCGACAUUCUGAUAUCAAGAGCAACCUACCCAACUCUAAUGUUUCCAUAUUUAUCUGAAGGUCAGUCUUCGGCGAAUACCACUACCAACACCACAGCUGUCGGGUCGGGGAACGCGGGGAGCAGUAACUGCUCUCCUGUUGUGCACUCCAAUACCACUGCAAAUCCGAGAAAUCCCUAUACUUCUAAAGAGGAAGUGGAGACGGACUUUGAAUCAGGAACAAAGGAGUCGCGUUCCGUAGAGUCAUCUUCCGCUUAUCAGUGCAGCUCUCCAAAUUUAGCCCCCAGAGCGGAGUUACAAGAACUGUGUUACGUUACAACAAAAACCUUAUCUGAACAAAGAGGAUUAUUGCAAAUACGGAAUACAGGAACUUCGCUAUAUGUAUCACAUGGGUCCAUACCUCCUAACACUGGAAAGCAAAUCUGCUUGGGAUUGUGUCGAGAUAAUGGGCAACGACCACGUCUUACUG